AUGUCGUCGUCCUCGACGAUGCCGCCGCCGGCGUCGCCGCGGGAGCACGUGGAGAGGAUCCGGCGGGAGCGCUACUACAUCGGGCGCGGCAAGCAGAACCCACUGGCGGAGGACAUGCACCAGGCCGUCAACUACCUCUCUCAGGAGCUCUACUCCAAGGACGUGCACUUCCUCAUGGAGCUCGUGCAGAACGCUGAAGAUAAUGAAUACCCUUCUGAAGUAGCACCUUCUUUGGAGUUCCUCAUUACAUCAAAGGAUAUUACUGGAUGUGGUGCAUCCUCAACUUUGCUCAUCUUCAACAAUGAGAGGGGUUUCUCUGCAACCAAUAUAGAGUCAAUUUGUCGUGUUGGGAAAUCAACAAAGAAGGGAAACAGACAUCAGGGUUACAUUGGAGAGAAAGGUAUUGGGUUCAAAAGUGUGUUCUUGAUAUCAAGUCAGCCCCACAUAUUCAGCAACGGCUAUCAGAUCAAGUUCAAUGAGAAACCUUGUGCAGAAUGCAAUAUUGGGUACAUUGUACCUCAGUGGGUGGAAUCCACACCUAGCCUUUCUGACAUCGAAGCAUUAUAUGGGUGCUCAAAGGUCCUACCUACAACUAUCAUCAUCUUACCAUUGAAGAGUGAGAAGAUUGAUGCGGUGAAGAGGCAGCUGUCAAGCAUGCAUCCUGAAAUGCUACUGUUCCUGACAAAGAUCAGGAAACUUUCUGUCCGGGAGGAUAACUCUGAUCCCAGCAAUACAACUGUUAGUGAGAUUUCGAUAUCCAGUGAAAAGAACUACCAAGCCAGGAAGAACAUGCAUGCUGAGUCGUACACAAUCCAUUUAUCUGCUGAAGAGACCGGGAAAGAUGAAGCUGAAUGUGGUUAUUAUAUGUGGAGGCAGAAAUUCCCAGUAAAGCCAGAGAACAGAGUCGAUAAGCGUGCUGAAAUUGAUGAAUGGGUGAUAACCCUGGCCUUCCCACAUGGCGAGCGUCUGUCCCGUGGGAAGCAGCUAUCACCUGGCAUCUAUGCUUUCCUCCCAACUGAGAUGGUAACAAGCUUCCCCUUCAUCAUUCAGGCUGACUUCCUCCUUGCUUCGUCAAGGGAGGCUAUACUGUUUGACAGUCCGUGGAACAAGGGAAUUCUAGAGUGUGUCCCAAGCGCUUUCAUGGAUGCUUUUGUGACACUCAUAAAGUCUGGAGCUGAUGCAUCACCAUCAAUGUCUCUGCCAUCUAUGUUCAACUUUCUACCUGUCAAUUCUUCACAGAUCCCACUGCUUGAGCCAGUUAGGUCUGGCAUCAAAGACAAGGUCCUUGCGGAGGCUAUAGUUCCGUGUCAGUCUUAUGCUUCACGGAAGAUAUUCUGCAAGCCCAGUGAAGUUGCACGGCUGAAGCCAGCAUUUUGGACUAUCCUUGACAAAGCAUGGAAACUCGGAGUGGAUCUGAAGAAUCUGUUGACCCAUGGAACCUAUAUUCUUAGCUCUCAUUUUGACAACAGUAUAUAUGACAGUGUGCUAAACUUUCUGGAAGUGAAAAAUGUGGACCAUGAAUGGUAUGCAAAAUGCAUUGAAGGCUCAAAUCUUGUCAAGGAGGUACAUGAACAGCUUUAUCUGGAAAUUAUAUAUUUUGUUGCAGACAAUUGGCAAAACUUUUCUGGUACAAACAUGAUGUCCAUUCCCCUAUUGAAGUAUGUUGAUAGGGGUGGUGUUCUCUCGUUCUGGAGCAUAUCUAGAGCUAGUCAGUGGAAUGAUAGGUUGUGCAUUGCGUCUGAAAACAAGUACAUAUCAUGGCUAAUCAGCUGGAACAGGGAGUUUCUAUCUUCUAACCGGUUCUUUCUGCCUCCCAGCACACAAACAGCUCUAGAAGAUUUGUCGGAGAAGAUAACUGUGAAAAACUGGCUUAAGAAUCAUGCAAGAGUGGAGGUUGUCUCUGUCUAUAGCUAUGCAUCAAGUGUUGUUGAUUCCUUGGGUUCUGAUCAAAGAGCUGUCAUUGCCUUCGCACACUUUCUUUACCACUCUUCCAAGACGCUUCACAUCGAGAGCUACCACUUAUCAGAACUCUGCCGCACCAUGCCAGUAAUUGAUAGCUAUGGCUAUGUUGUCAAGAAAAGAAAUAGAAUUAUAGUUCCUGCCAAGGGGAGCAAAUGGGUUGGUUUGAUGGGUACAAACCCAUGGAGGAAUGAAGGCUACAUUGAAUUGUCAGCAGAUUACAAGUCAGCAGGACAUUUUGCUGGAAACUACACUUCUGAGGACCAGCUACUGGAAUUCCUCAAGACAAAUUUGCAGGCUUCGGAUGUGCCAUUCAUACACCCACCAGAUGCCAGAUUCCCUACUGUUUCAUCACCUCUAACUGUGGAGAAUGCAUUCUUGCUGCUGGAAUGGAUAAGGAAUUUGAAGUCAAAUGGUAUUGGGCAGUGGCAUCAUGUAUCAGUAACCAACCAUUCGUUGAUGUUCUGUCCUCACGGUGCGGCCAUCCUUGAAUAUAAACCCGAGCUGGAAUUACUUGGUGUUAUUGUGGGGUUCAAAGACAAUUACCAGCUUGUUAUUGACAACUUCAAGUUCAGUUCUGAUGAUAUUACUUCUGAGGCUACUGUAUUAAUCCUCAAGUGCAUCCGUUAUGUGGGUUCAUGUGAUGAUUUUGUAAGGAAGCUCAAAGAUUUGAAAUGGUUGAAGACAAUUGUGGGAUUUCAUGCUCCUAACAUGUCCUUUCUUGUGGACCCUGAAUGGGAGUGCCUUCUAAAGGUCUUUAAUGGGGUUCCUGUUAUUGAUUAUGGAUUUUAUGGCAGUGUGAUCAGUUCAUACAAAGAAGAAUUGAAGAAGACUGGGUUGAUCACAAGAUUCGAUGAGGCAUCAAAGGCUAUAACCCAUAUUUUCAAGCAGAAGGUGUUGAAUUCAUCGCUUGAAAAAGCAGAUCUCCUGGCUCUACUAGGAUCAUAUCGUCAACUGGCAACACAUGACCUAAUUCCAGUUGAGCUUUUCAACGCUAUGCGUACUGAAAAGUGGCUGCACACCUCACUGGGAUUCCGAUCUCCUUCAGAUGCAAUUCUAUUUGAUGAUGCAUGGGAACCUUUGUCUCCAAUAGCAAAUUUACCAUUCAUAGAUGAUGGUGACUCUUGUUAUGGUUUAGGAAUGGAGAUACAUGGCUACAAAGAUGAACUGAAGAAGUUGGGUGUUACUGUUGAAUUAAAACAAGGUGCUAGAUUCGUCAUCACAGGCAUCAGCAUUCCCAGUGACCCUUCCAAGUUGUCCAAAGCUACAAUCUUGUCACUGCUUGGGUGCAUCAAGAGCUACUUCACCCUUGCAGCUGGACCUCCUAAGGGCUUCCAGGAAAAUUUGUGCAAGAAGUGGUUGAAGACAUCCAUGGGAUAUCAGUGUCCUAAUGAUUGUAUCCUCUUUGAUCCUACACAGUCUUCUAUCUGCAUGGAAGAUGGACCUUUCAUAGAUGAAGCAUUCUAUGGUUCAGAGAUAGCCUCAUUGAAAGAUGCUCUUACAAGAAUCGGAGUAACUGUGGAUAUCAAACAUGGAAAAGAUCUUGUUGCUCGGCAUCUGAGGAGCCACAAUGAUAGGAUUACCAUUUCUCGGAUCUACUCAUACCUGAUGGAGAGCAAUUGGGUGCCUAAAAAUAAAAAUAGCAAUUGGAUUUGGAUACCAAACGAAAUGGAUGGUGGAGAAUGGGUGACCCCAAGAAGCUGUGUUCUUCAUGAUCGGAACAAUCUUUUUGGCCUGCAGCUUCAUGUCCUGGACAAAUAUUAUGACAAAAAGUUGUUUGACUUCUUUUUGUACUAUUUGGACGUGAGGAACGGGCCUGGUUCUGAAGAUUACUGCAGACUAUGGGUCACAUGGGAGAAAUCCGUCCACGAGAUAGCUGUGUCUGAUUGCUCUGCUUUCUGGAAAUUCAUUGCGACAAACUGGAGCAAAAACACCCAGAAACUUCUUUCUGGUUGUGUCAAAGUUCCUGUGUGUACUGACGGAAAGAUCAUUUUAUCAAAGAAGGAGGAUGUGUUCAUUCCUGAUGAUCUACUACUUACAGACUUGUUCAGCAAGCUAGCUCAGCAUUCAUUUUUUAUCUGGUAUCCUGCUUCUAUCCUACCUUCCAUGUCUCGAGCAAGCCUUAACUGCAUCUAUGAUAGCAUCGGUGUUCAAAGAAUAUCCAAGGCAGUCACCAAGAAUGAUGCCUUCACCUUAGACAAUUACCAUUUCAGAACAACUGAUCCAAGUAAGGUGAUCAAGGUUGGUCUACUCAAAAUAAUUCUCUCAUUCCUUGCUGAUCCUGCUCUCGACAUUCCUGCUGAAGAGAGGCACAGGAUGGUUUCUUGCCUUCUGAAUGUGACUGUCCAAGAGAGUGAUGAACCAAUCACAGUGGGGUAUAGUGUAAGAUUGUCAUCUGGAGAGGUUGUGGAUGUGAAGUCCAGCCGAAUGCUUAGGUGGGAAAGGGAGGAUUCCAAGCUGUACAUGCAGAGUAGCGAUGGCGAGCCCAGCUUCAAAGAAAAGAUUGAGUUUGCGACCUACUUCGCAGAGGAGAUAUCUCAAGGCCUGCUCUUUGAGAUGGCGGAUCAGAUCCCUUCGCUCACGGAGCUUAUUAAGUUUGGCAGCUUACUGGAUUUCGAAGACGCUGCUGUUGGGUUCUUGCUGAAGUCAAAAAAUCUUCAGAUGUUUCCUGAAGACGAGCAUUUCCUUAAGCCUUCAAUGCUAGGUCUGUGCCCUGAAACUAAACUUAUUAUUGUGCCUUCUAAAUUUUCCCCAAAUUACAUAACUAUAUAA